AUGAAGCCAAUAAGAAGAAGAAGCAGAUGCAGACGUAUUUUUCUUCGGAGUCUCUCAAAAAUAAUAACGAUCAUAAUCAUAAUAAUGGAUAGUGUAGGAAGGGACUUUUUAGAGUACGAAGUAAAGAGAUGGGAAAGGCUCCUUCUGCUUCUUGACCAAUAA